GGUAAUGGUAGGAUAAUGUCAAAUUGUUCGUCGUAGAAUCUCGCAGUCCAUUAGAGAAAACGAUCUCGCGAGCACGGUCGAGCACGGAGAUCGAGCAACUGCGUUCGCGCGAGUUUCGAAAUCGUAUCUCACGGAUCAGAGAGAGAGAAGUUUAAGUCAUCGUCGAGGGGAAAAAGAAAGGCGAUACUCUCAACGACGAAGGUCUUAUCGAGGUAUGAAGUCGUUGAGGCACCUUUCCCGUGGCAUCAGGAAAUUCGAGCGGACGCUCUUAAACGAUGGAGCGAGUAAAAUGCGGUAUUCGAGCUCGAGGAGCGUCUCCGCGCGAUCGGAAGAAAGAUUUAUUCGAGGUCAAAACCAAGAGAUAAUCAUUCCUUCGCCCUACGGUGAGGUCACUUAUCCGAAUUCUAAGAUACCGGAAUACGUUUGGCGCAACGUUAACGAAUUUUCCAAGCUAAUUGCCCUGGAAUGCGGUGUAACCGGUAGGAAAUAUACGUACGGGCAAGCGAGGGACGCUGCGAACUACGUUGCAAGGAGUUUGAGGAACUUGAAGUUCGCGGAAGGCGAUAUAAUUGCCUUGAUUGCUCCCAAUUUGCCGGAAUGGGCUCUAGCCUUUCUCGGCAUUUUGGAGGCUGGUCUCGUCGUUACGACUAUCAAUCCAUAUUACACGGUUGAGGAAAUAACGAUGCAAUUGGAGUUGUCCGGGGCGAAGGGUAUCGUCACCGCGAAAGAGAUUCUCCCGGUGGUACGGAAAGCAGCAGCGAAGCACAGAUUGGGAUCGUCCCUUAUCGUUAUAGACGACGGAACGACGGGUCCGACGACGGAAGGAACGAUACUUUUCAAGGACCUGAUAACUCGCGGCAAGGACUUGCCGGGGUUGAAAGCCCUGAACCGUUCCACCGAAGACCUCGCGGUUUUACCUUUCUCGAGUGGCACGACGGGUCUGCCGAAAGGUGUGAUGCUAACGCACGCCAAUCUAGUCUCGAAUAUGGAAAUGGUGAAUGCCAUCGUUGAUCAGGAUAUGUGGAUUCGAGCGACGACGGAAGAAUAUCAAGACGUUAUACCAAUGUUUCUACCUAGCUUUCACAUUUUUGGCAUGAACGGGAUCCUGCUACCGUGCCUGGCGGCCGGAACGAAGCUCGUUACGCUUCCGAAAUUCCAACCGGAGACGUUUCUCGACGUUUUCGUCAAGCAGAAGCCAACGAUUUUGAUUUGCGUACCGCCGAUAAUAUUGUUUCUGUCAGUUUCGCCGUUAGUCAAAAAAGAACAUCUCUCGAACGUACGAACUGCUUUCAGCGGAGCAGCGCCGCUUUCGAAGGAGGACGUCGAUAGAUUUUACGAGAAGUUUCGAUUAGACAACAGUCGUUUCAAAUUCUGCCAAGGGUAUGGAUUAACGGAGUGCGCGCCCGUGGCCUUUAUGGAAAAGACGGGCUUAAAGUACGCGAGUAUCGGAAAGAAUAUUUGCGGUUGCGACGCGAGGUUGGUGGAUCCGGUAACGAAGGUAGACAUUUGCGAGCCCCGUAGGAACGGCGAAUUGUGGAUCAGAGGACCUCACGUCAUGAAAGGUUACUUCGAUAAUCCGGAAGCCACUAAGGAAAUAUUACGCGAGGACGGUUGGUUGAAAACCGGCGACAUAGCUUACUUCGACGACGAUUUGGAUUUCUUCAUUACCGAUAGGUUGAAGGAGCUGAUCAAGGUCAAAGGUUUUCAGGUCCCACCGGCCGAAUUGGAGUCACUUUUGAGAACGCAUCCCGACGUAGAGGAAGCCGCGGUAAUAGGUAUUCCCGACGCAAGAUCCGGAGAAGUGCCGAGAGCUUACGUCGUCUUGAAAAAGGACAGGAAGAUCAGCGAGGAGGAAAUCAAGAAUUUCAUUAAGGGGAAGGUUUCCGAGUACAAGCGACUCAAUGGUGGCGUUUCAUUCGUCCGAGACAUUCCCAAAAAUGCAUCCGGCAAGAUCCUUCGAAUUAGGAUCAAGGAAGCGUAUCUAAGAGUAAAUUCGUAGAAAUUGCUUCGUCCACGAUGGAUCCUCGAUCGUUGUUUUCGUUCUCACUUUUGAUACUUUUUUUUUUACGCAACUAUCGUUUCCUUUUGACAUAUAUAUCUUUUAAUUGGACUAUACCGUUGGUAGGUUAACUUUAUUGUAAACGACAAGAUUCUAUUACAAGGGCUUAAAAUCACGUUGUACCGUCGUACGACGUUGCACGAAUACGGAUAUGCGCGCGUACGAUCGGAUAUCCUUGCUACGGAUCGAUGGUACGCGUACAUACGUAAAAUAUUUACGAAAAACUUUGUUUACAAGCCGGUCGGACUCGACCGACGUGUCGACCUUAGGGUCGAUCUCUCUAUUUGCGAUUGAUCGAUCCUCUUGUAACGCGAAUAAAGAAAAGAAAGAAAGGAAAAGGAAAA